AUGGCUGAAGAAACUGCUGCGAAGAAGCUCAAGACAUCGCCUGUCAUCGGCACCCACAAUGGUCACUUCCAUGCGGAUGAAGCUCUAGCAGUGUACCUUCUCCGCCUACUGCCCACAUAUGCCUCCUCCCCACUUGUGCGCACCCGCGACCCUGCUCAGCUCGAGACCUGCCACACCGUCGUCGAUGUAGGUGGGGUGUACGACCCCGCGACCAACCGCUAUGAUCACCACCAGCGCACCUUCUCCACGACCUUCCCCCAGCACGAGACAAAGCUGUCAUCUGCUGGACUGGUGUACAUGCAUUUCGGCCAUGCGAUCAUUGCCCAGCAUAUGUCUCUCCCCAAGGACCACCCAGACGUUGCGCUUCUCUACGAGAAGCUGUACACCGACUUCAUCGAGGCCAUUGACGCCAACGACAACGGUAUCUCGGUCUAUGACCCUGCUGCCGUGUCAGCUGCCAACCUCGAGAAGCGCUUCAAGGACGCCCCCCCAGGAGAGCCCCAGGAUGAGGACAGCCUUUUUGGCCGCGCUAGCACUCUCAUCGGCAACGUUUUCACCCGUAAGCUGCACCAAGCGAGUAACUCGUGGAUUCCUGCCCGCGCCACCGUCGGUGAGGCCUACAAGUCACGAACCGACAUCCACCCCUCCGGCCGCAUCAUCGUCCUGCCCAAGGGCGGCGUGCCUUGGAAGGAGCACCUAUACAACUUCGAGAAGGAGGCUUCGGGUGGCGAGGAGAUUGACUCAGCGAACCAGGUAUACUAUGUGCUGUACCCAGAAAGCGAGGCCGAGGACUCCAAGUGGCGUGUGCAGUGUGUCUCCGAGUCCGAGAGCAGCUUCGUCUCGCGGAAGCCUCUUCCUGAGGCUUGGCGUGGCGUUCGCGAUCAGGAUCUGGAUGGCUUGAUCGCCUCAGAGUCGGAAAAGGCUGGCCAGGAACAGCUCCCUGCCGGUGCCAUCUUCGUCCAUGCUAGUGGGUUCAUUGGUGGACACAAGACACGUGCCGGUGCGAUGGCCAUGGCGGUUCGCAGCCUUGAUCAAUAA